UCGGCCGGUCAGUGUGCGCCACUGAAUAAGACGAUCGUUUAAGGACCAUACGCGGACCUCUCGCCGCAGUGCCUUCCACAGUGCUGCAACGCGCGUGUAUCAUUCGCUGCAGAGUUAUUAUUUUCGAUUUUUCGACACACAGUUUAAAAGACAAAAAUAAUUUUGCGCAUUUUUCACUCGGAGCGCGUACAUAGGUAUAUUAUUCCAACGACCUGCACGGUGCCGCCGACGCGAUGAAGUACACGACAUACAUCUUGGCCGCGUUACUAUUGGUAACGCUGUGGUCGACAGAUGUGGACAGCAGACGAGUGAACGUGAAACCGGCGGCUUCUGAUGACGGUCAACAAGACGACGCACAGGCCGCUGCCGACGAUGAACAGCAACAGCAACAAUUCAAGCCGGUGUUGAUCGCGCGCAGGCCGUUGCAACACAGACCGCAGGUGGACAUCGAAGCCGAACGGCAACCGGUGGUUGUGGUGCGACAAACGCCCAGGGUGUUGCAGCAGCGAGCCCGCGAACAGCAGCAAGAAGCUGCCGCCGACGAAGAAGACGAACAGCCGCAGGUGAUCAUCAGACAGCAGCACCAGCCGACGAAAGCGGGUCCGAGAUCUCAGUCACCACAUGCUCAGCAGCUCAUCCAGCAACGGCUCAAGCAACAGGAACAGCCACAGCAGCAGAAAGAGCCGACCGCGCAGACCAUCCGGAACUUCAAUAAGCUGAACGACGACGGUUCGUUCACGUUCGGUUACGAGGCGGACGAUGGUAGCUUCAAAGAGGAGACCAGGGGCACGGACUGCGUGGUCAGGGGCAAGUACGGUUACGUAGACCCGGACGGUAACAAACGGGAAUUCACGUACGUGCAGGGCAACCCAUGUGACCCGAACGCGGUCAAUGCCGAAGAAGACGACGACCAACCGGGCAAACCGGGUGAAGAGGAGAACAUUCCAGCCAACAUUCCCGCGAACGCUGGCAGGCCCAAGCCCAAGAAGAACCGUCCGACCACCACCCUGUUCCAGCAGACAUUCGGCGAUUUCGAACCACAGCCACAAUCUCAGCCAUCCACGACCCCGCGCCAGCCCGGCAGACAGCAACUGCAGCAGCCAUCGUUCCAGGAAAGUCCCAGAAGACCACCCCCGCAGAUAUCGUCAUCGACCACCGCUGCUCCACAACCACAAUUCAUUUCGGGCGCCGGAAACUUGGAUUCGGCCAUCCGCAACUUGCCGCAGCCACCAUCGCAGUCGGGCAAGGUGCAGCUCCAGUCGCCCACCGGGCCCAACUCAGCGCUGUACACCACCGAACUGGUUUUCGACCCGGCCACCGGCCAGUACAACACGGUCAUAUUCCAACAGGUGCCCAAACAGCAGGCCGGCAUCAACAUCAACCAACGUCUGCCCCUGCAGGGAGCAACGGCACCGGCUAGACAACAGCCCCUGCCGCAGCAACAGCAGUUCCGUCCCCAGGCCCAGCCGCAAUUCCAACAACCGCAGUUCCAACAACCGCAACCGCAAUUCCGGCCGGCGGUCCAACCGUUCCAGCCGCAGUUCCAGCAGCAGAGACCGGUCGAGUUCGACUUCCAGCGGCCAGCCGCCGGAUUCCCGGGAGCCCCGGGCCCGCAACAGCAAUUGGUGCAGCAGCAACAGGCCAUGGCGUUCCAACAGUCGCAAAACCUGUUCAGACAACAGCAACAGAAACAGCAACAACAGCAGUCGUUCCAACCACAGUCGUCGCCGCAGUUCUUCCCGCCGCCGUCGCAGCGUUUCGAACCGGCGUCGCAGUUCGCGCCCAAGCAGCCGCAGCGGUUCGAACAGCAACCGGAAGCGCACCAGCAGCAGUUCGUGCUCGUCCAGCCCGGCCGGACGCCCGGACAACAGAGCUUGGCCGCCGGCCAGAUCGACGCGUUUCUAAGAGGCCACAACGUGCAGUUCUAGACGGAUUAAAAUUCCAUAUGAUAUUUCCAUUUUGUAAAUAACAUAAUAUUAAUUUUAUGAUAAUAAUAUGAUAAUAAUAUUAUAAUAGACGCUGCGUAUAGCCACCCAUACUAUACAUUUUCGCUAUACGCCAUUCAUGUAGGGUACGAUAACUAUAUUAUAUUAUAUUGUAUUAUUAUAUUUUAACGUAAUUUUAAUGGUAAAAAUAUUUUCGUUUAAGCUUAAUUAAUAAUGUGCAGCGCGUUAUAAAGGUAUUAUAUAUAUAUAUAUAUUAUUUUUUCUAUGGAUUUCGUGCGUAGGAACUAUAUAGACGUAUAUAUUUAUAUUCACACCAGUUUGGCCAAGCAGUUUCACCUGGCCGAGGUGAAAGCCAUAUAAUAUAACUUACUGUGUAUUUAGCACUUUGCUAAAUGCUAGUUUUUUAUUAAUUUUUUUUUGUAACAUUAAACCCUCGUAAGACAUAAUAACGAUAUUGUUAUUAUAUAUUUUUAUGUUCCAAAAACAAAAUGUGCUCAAUAUAUAAACCCUACUCCCAAUGUUUGUAAAUAAAUAAACUUUUAUAUUA